CCCAUUUUCUUUUCUUUCGUGCGCCCUCGCCCUUUUUUUUUAAAAUCAACCACCGCGCAACGUCAUACUUGACCUGUGACGUCUGCCGUUUUUCUCCCCCGACAUCUCACUCUCACAACGAUACUCGUUCUGCACCCCCAUUAGCACGUCCCCGGGUACGCAUCCAGACAGAGGCCACAACUACGCAAUACCUCUUAUUUUUCCUGCUGGCGGCCGUAGAGAGUGAGAGACAACUUUUUUUUCUCACCACCGUCGUCGAUCGUCGAAAGCCAUUCCAUUCUCGUGCCGCUUCCAUUACAGAGGAGCGCUGCAAUAGCGUAGCUGCUGCCUCUGACGGCUAACCUUUUGCUGCCGUCGCCAUCGCUGCUUUGCCCGUCCCUCCUAUACUGCGCAGCGGAUUGGUUUCCCCCCCGAUCUCUCAUCGCUUCCAACCCAGAUCUAUCUUUCUAAGCUUAUUCUUCUGCGUGUCCAACUCCUCCUCUGACCUCAUCUGGCUUUUUCAACACUACCAUACCUACAUCAUCAUCCCUACCCUGCUACCGUCACCUUUUGCCUUUGGCGUCCACCCCACAAACGUCAACAACGCUUCUUUCCCCAAAUAUAAUACAUCAUCGUCGUCAUCAUGGGGACCUCACCGAACGACGCCUCGACCGGAGGUGAUACGAAGUCACCCAAACAGUCCAACAAUGCCACUCCCCCACGUCAAAACACCAUUCCGGAAGUGAAGCAACCCGACCCGAGUCUGAAGCCCGAUGCUGACGGCGCGAAACCUCUUGGUCCUCCCCCUCGACCUGGACAGACGACUGGAAAUACUCCCGAUUACUUCGGCGCCGGAGCCGCCUCUCUCAGUCUGGAGCCCAAUCCUUUUGAGCAGUCUUUCGGCGGAGGCGCGCCAGAGACACCAGGUGGUACGAAAUUGCCAUCCGUUGCUGCUCUGACCUCGCCAUCUUCGUUGCUCCCUGGUAGCGGCGCAACUCCAUUCAACUGGGGAGGAGGUUCUCUGCGAACCGGUCCUUUGAGCCCGGCCAUGUUGUCAGGUCCUACCAGCGAUUACUUCAGCGAUACGCAUCACCUUCGUGGCGGAUUCCCGACCCCGAACGAAUCUUCGUUGAGAACUGGCUUGACUCCCGGUGGCAGUGGUUCCAUGUUCCCUGCCCCCAGCCCUAACUCUCAGCAACUAUUUGCCCAGUUGGCCAGUGGUGGUGCCACGCCUAGCACCAUCGAUUUCCAUCGCACUGCGUUAAGUGCCGCUGCGAAGCGUGACACGCAGGCUCAGAAUCAGAACCAGAACCAAAACCAAAGUCAGCCCCAAAACCAGACACAGAACCAUAAUCAGCAACAGACAGCUGUGACAUCGCAGCCGCAGGAGAUGCCAAACGGUGCAACUACUGUCAAGACUGAAGCAAAGCAGUUCGAUCCGCACGAUAACGACGCAGCGAACGGUCUGUUUAUGCUUGCUCAAGGUGCGCAGGGAAGAAACGGUGCUCCAAACGGCGGAUUCGCGGCAGCACAAGCACAAUCCCAGGCUCACCCGCCUCCACCACCUGCUCAAGGCGUCAACACGUCACCUCAAAUGAGUGCCAACGGUGCUGGAUCUGUCGGUGCCGGGUCGUCAGUCCGUGGUGUUAGCGAAGGCGGAAGUGCGAUGUCGGAUGAAAGCGAGCAAGCCCGUCCCGCAGCCAGGGGCAAGGGCAAGCGCAACUCGACUGGCGGCGCGUCGACAAAUGGCCGAAGAAAGGCUGAAGAGCCGCCGGCGAAGGCCCCUCCCGCCAAGAAGUCAAAGCCGAACAACAAUGCCCCCCCUCCUGAUAUGAUGGGCGAUGAUAGUCAAUCGGAUGAUGACGACAUGAAACAUGAGAAUGGUGAAGGCGGAAAGUCGAAGAUGACUGACGAGGAGAAGCGCAAGAACUUUUUGGAACGUAACAGAGUUGCCGCCCUCAAGUGUCGCCAGCGCAAGAAACAGUGGCUGGCUAAUCUCCAGUCAAAAGUUGAACUGUUCAGCAGUGAGAACGAUGCUCUCACAGCUCAGAUCACGCAGUUGCGUGAGGAGGUUGUUAACUUGAAGACAUUACUCCUGGCCCACAAAGACUGCCCUGUUACGCAACAGCAAGGCCUUCACGGUGCCUUCAUGCAACAGGCCAUGGAGCCAUUCAAUCCCCAGAUGAAUCCGUAUGGCAUGGCCGCUCCUAUUCCCAACCAGCAAGUCCUGGCGGCGGGUCAGGGUGUGCAACGCCGCUUUUCAUAGGAUGACAAAGCCUUGUACAACAAUCAUUUCGAAUAUGAGGAGUUGGAGGAUUUGAUCCAUCAAUAACAACCCGUUGAGGUUGCUCUUCUCGGAUAGUCUACGGCGACACCGAGAUUACGACUUUCAUGCUGUUCCAUUCUCUGGCCCAGUCAUAUCUUACGGCUCAACUGUAUCAUCAUUAUAUACGACAUUUUGGCGCCAAUAUCUUCACUUCGCUUCGUUUCUACGAGGGGUUUGCAAGCAACCAGGGGUAAGCUGCCCAGUAACAGAGGCAGUCCACCUUGGGCAGGCGGAGGUGGGGAGUUUGGCAGGCGUCAUUGGCUUGCUGCAAUUGUAUCAGUCCAUCAUUGGAAGGGCUAGAUACUGGGCAUAUACAUCAAAAGGAGUUCAAGGGUCGGCAAGUCAUUUGAAAGGGUGUAGGCGUCGAGGGGUGGUCGAUGGGAAUAAGCCAUCGUCUGCUAGCUGAUUGAUUUGAUUGGAUUUAUAGUAGCAAUGGUAACAAGAGCUGCAUGAACGGCAACGCCUCGUGGUCAUUUAAUUUAUGAGAUUUCACCUCCA